GCAAGACGUAUACUUGAUUCUGCGGCUAUAUCAUUCAUACAGCUCUUGUAGCGUCAAAGACAGCCAACGGCACCAACAACACAACGCAACGUGUGGUCCUCACGUUCCUACCCCUUCCUGCGUUUCCCCAGUGCGCAUCUUGUAUUCUUGAAACCACUCUAAUAGUAAACCUACUUAGGUUGACAUAAUGACAACAGACGACUCACCGUCGACGAGCCAGGUCGACGCCAUCAAGCUCAACGGCGUCAGCUAUGCAUACCCAGGUUGUGAGCCUUUCAUCAAGGGAUGUAGCAUCGACCUACCUAGAGGAAGCAGAUGCCUGCUGAUCGGCGCAAACGGAGCGGGCAAGACGACUCUGCUUCAGAUUGUGGCGGGCAAGUACAUGGUGGCGCAGGAUGCUGUACGCGUGCUUGGGCGGUCACCCUUUCAUGACCUGCAACUCACGUGUUCGGGCCGGCUGAGCUACCUGGGCACGUCAUGGCGCAAGGACGUCGCGUUUGCUGGAUACGGCGUUCCUUUACAGGGUGACAUCAGCGCCGGCAAGAUGAUAUUCGGUGUGGAGGGAGUGGACCCAGCCCGCCGUGCUCGCUUAAUCGAGAUGCUGGACAUCGACCUGUACCAGCGCAUCACCACCAUGAGCGACGGCCAGAAGCGCCGCGUGCAGAUCUGCAUGGGCCUGCUCAAACCCUACGAGGUGCUGCUGCUAGAUGAGAUCACGGUGGACUUGGACGUGGUGGGUCGCCUGCGCCUGCUGGACUUCUUCCGGCAGGAGAGCGAGCAGCGCGGCGCCACCAUCCUGUACGCCACACACAUCUUCGACGGCCUGGAGGGCUGGGUGACGCACGUGGCCUACAUGGAGGAGGGGCGCACGGUGAGGACGGGGGCCGUGGCGGACAUACAGGAAGCGGCGGCUGCGGCUGCGGGGGGUGGCAGGAAGCUGUUGCAUGUGGUGGAGGAGUGGCUGCGAGCCGAGAGGGAUGCCCGGCUGGCGCGAGUAAGUGCGGGGGGCGGUGCGGCAGGGAGUGGAGGGGAGGCGGCUGUGCGGCCGCAGCGGACACCGUACAUGCCUAGCAAGCACUUGGCUUUCUUCCGGUAGCGUUGUUGGCUUGGUUCGUUGGUUAUGGAGUGAUGGAAGCCCGUAUCGGCGGUGUUCAGUGGGUUCAGUUGUAGGAUCAUGGAUACCUAUUUUGUCGAUGUGGACUGUUGUGGGUGGAUUGGGUCGAAGAGUGGGUUGGAGUGCGAAUUACAGGUGGGAGGUGGGCACUUGCGAGGCGUCAUGACUCAGUAGGCGUGUAUAUUGUGACUGGAUUAGCCAGCAACAAUGUUUAACUUGUGUUACCUGACUUGUAUCAGAAACCCUUGUACCCUAGCCGCUGACGCUGCGGCCGUGUUGUGACGUUCAAGGCAAACGGAAAGACAAUGAAGCUGCUGGCAGAGGUGGCGAUGUGCCAUCUAACUGGUGAAGGGCGUUACCUGGUGUAUGGAGGAACUGGAUCCCUUGGAAAGGAACAGCAGCUGAUCCGGCAAGUUAGGAUGGCUUGGCCGCACGGGCUUUCACCGUGUAUAUUAAGGCCGGGUCACGCCACGGCCGCGUGUAUUGGACUAGACCUGCGGGCUUUAGUUAUGAUGUACCCGGUUGCUCACUCCAUGCUGGAAUACGAGUGAGAAUGGGCAAACGGGUGCAGCGUAUGCGGCUCUCUGGCGAAAUUCAUUCCCCGAGAUAACCAAGCUAUCCCUUGGCAAACCCCAAAUCACGAACGGUUUACGGAGCAAGCAUUGAGCAGACGCCAAGCAGGCUCCUGCUGCGAUAUCGCGCAAAUAUUAGCUGGGAAUGUGUGGACAGGCCUGGGGCACAUGUUAAAGUCACCUGGCAGACCUCAUGGCAGAGAGGGCUUGGCCUGCAUGCCUUUUGGCACGCGAAAUGGCAUUCUAAGGUAAAAGCG